UGAAAACCCAUGCCCACAACAUUGUACAACAUGCAGUUCAUCUUAUUCGUGUGAAUCUUGUGAAACCGGCUUUAGUGGACAAACAUGUCAAAUCCGCUGUCCUGACAACUGUCAAUCUUGUAAUAACACAAACACUUGCACAACAUGUAGUGAGGGGUUUUCGAGUCCAAAUAUGGCAUGCACGUGUGUGAAUAGUAUAUGCGGAUCUUCUGUAUGCAGCACUUGCACAAAUGCGUCUUACUAUCCAGAUGGCAACUCGUGUUGCCCCUGUAGCAAUACCUGUAAAUAUUCAUCAUGCUCAUCGCCUGCACAUUGUACACACGGCUGUAAAUUAGGGUACUAUGGUGCGGGUUGCCAAUUAAGAUGUACCGACAAGGAUCCGAAGUGUGGAGAAUGCAAUGGAUUCAAUAGCACUGACUUUAAAUGCGUGCAUUGCAUCGAUGGAUAUUAUCCUCAUUUACACGGGUUGUGUACGACAUGUUCUAAAAAUUGUAAAGACACUAAAUGCAUUAAUUCCACGGGGGAAUGCGAAUAUGGAUGUCUUGGCGGAUUUUGGAAUUAUCCACAAUUAGAUGGACCUUGUAGUCCGUGUUCAAAAUCGUGCAUUUUGGGUAAAUGUAAUACUUCUACGGGGCAUUGCAUGCAGGGAUGUGAAAACGGAUUUUGGAAUUUAACAUGCGAGUCAAAGUGCACAAACAAUUGCUCAAUUUGUGAGAGGAUAUGCGGAAAGUGCUUAGUGUGUUCGUCUACAGGCCUCUUUGGAAACGAAUGUUCCAUGACGUGUAGUGAUAAGUGCUUUAAUACAUCAUGCCAUAUGAAUGGAACAUGUACACAUGGAUGCAUCUCUGACUUUUUUGGACCAUUUUGUGAAAAGGCAUGUCCUAAAAAUUGUGCUCGAAAAGAUUUUGACACCCGAUGCUCUAACGAAACAGGAAACUGUCUGUAUGGCUGCAUUGGUGAAUUUACAGGAGUCGACUGCAUGGAAGCUCUGAAGCAAGACAGCAGUGAAGAUACCCUUUCAACAGCUGCAAUAGGAGGAGGCGUUGCUGCUGCUGUAAUAGUCGUUGUUGUGACAGCCGUUGCUGUAUUUAUUUAUCUUCGAAGAAGGUUUGUAGGCUUAAAGUCGAGAUAUUAUGAAAACUUGCUCUCUAAAUAG